AUGGGAUCUUUGAGUAGCACAAUGCUGUGCGAGGAGGAAAUAGAGGAGUUGAAGAACACUACGGUUUUUGAUGAGAGAGAGAUCGAACAUUUAUACGAAAGGUUUCAAUUUCUAGACAGGGAGUCCCGGGGAUAUCUAACAUAUAAUGAGUUGAACAACAUCCCUGAGUUCCAGUCGAAUCCCUUCAGUCAUCUUAUAAUGAAAAGCAUUGAAAAGAUGACUGACUAUGAAAAAAUGACAUUUCCACACUUCCUCGAAUUUUUGGGAAUCUUUUCCGAGAAGAACAAUAGAAAAAACAGGAUAAGAUAUCUGUUCGACAUCUUUGACUUAAAUGGAGACGGCAAGCUAUGCAGAAAUGUACUUGUCAGAAUUAACAAGAUGAUGGGCCAAGAUGGAAAGAUGGAGGAAGUCGAAAAUCUUUUAAACAUUUACGAUGAAGGGGGUAAGGGAUACUUAGAUACAUCGGACUUUGCUAAGUUUUAUGAAAGCGACCCUCUAAUCGAUAGGAAUAUGAUAAUCGAUUUCUCGAAGAAUCUGAAGCGACCCAGGCAAGUGGGGUUUAUGCAAGUGUUGUGGCCAUCAACCUAUAAGGAUGAAGAAUAA